CUUUUUGAGGCACGAGAAUCUUGUCUCAGGUUCCCCAACCCCCGAAAAGAACUACAUUGCUCUGUCCAUCGUAUCGUAUUUGGAUGUAAUGAUAGUGGCUGCUUGUUCGUUUUUCUUUGCAUGUUAAUCCUCUUCUAUAUAUGGAUUUUCCGAAAUACCCCUGAGGCCCAAUCAUAAAUUUGUCUUGCUCUGUAUAUUUCUCCCGGUGUCGCGGUUAAUACCUAGGUACCUCCCUAGUUUGGGGAAGCCAGCCUCGACAUCUGCAACUGCAAAGUGUCCAAGUGUCCUCAGCCGGGAGGAGCAGCUCCGGCAAAAACGAAGAAAAAAAAAGCGAAUUGCGAAUUGCUCUCCUUUUGCUUUGAGCGCUGCACGAUUUGCACUGCAUAGACGCCCCAGAUCCAGUACCGCACCCGUCCGCGAUGCGUUUACCUUUAAGCGUCGCCGUAGUGGUCGCGAGCCUCGCACAGGCUCAGGCCCAAUAUCUCGUCAACGAUAUCAGCUUCGGCCAUGGAGCUAGGAUAAGCCCCGAGGGACAGUCCUCGAUCCCCAAUUUCGCCAUCCAGGGUGCUCCCAACCUCCCGGAGCUCCUCUCCAACAAAGUAAUCCUCACGCCUCCAGCGCCUGGCAACCAGCGCGGAGCCGUGUGGUCGGACAAGCAACUGCAGCAAUUAAACUGGAUUGCCGAUGUCGAUUUCCGCGCCACGGGCCCCGAACGGGGCGGGGGAAACUUGCAGAUCUGGCUCGUGCGGAACGGUGCCCAUGAUGUUGGUACGGGGAGCAUCUACACCGUGUCGAAAUUCGAGGGUCUCGCGCUCGUCAUCGACGGGCACGGGGGUUACGGGGGCAUGAUCCGCGGGUUCCUGAACGACGGUUCGACGGAUUACAAAAAGUCCAACGUGGAUCAGCUCUCGUUUGGACAUUGUAACUUCGCCUACCGAAACCUGGGCCGGCCCUCGCAGGUCAAGCUGCGCCACUCCGACUCCACGUUCAGGGUAGAGGUCGACGGCAGGCUGUGUUUCGAAAGCGACAAAGUCCGCAUCCCCCCCGGCUACCACGUCGGCAUCACGGCCGCCUCGGCCGACAACCCGGACUCGUUCGAGGUGUUCAAGCUAGUCGUGCUCACCGAGGACCAGCACAACCAGAACAACAACCAGAACCAAGAUCAAGAUCAGGGCUCGCAGCAGCAGGAAAGGCCGCAGAUGGUGUUCGGCCGGUCGGGCCAGACCGUCGGACAGCCGGCCGGGUUGACGCAAGACGCCCCUUUCGACGAUGAUAUUCCCGACCAGAGCGCCGAUCAAUUCACUAGCUCCAAGGCGCAAUUCACGGACCUGCACAACCGCCUCCAGAGCGUCAACCACCACCUAUCGACCAUCUUCCGCACCAUCGCGACGCAGAACACUGUGGGCGAGAAACGACACGAGGAGACGUCCAUCUUCCUCGGCGAGCUCAAGGGCCGGCUGUCCGUGCUGGACCGGCUGGACAAGCUGGACAAGCUGGACCUCCUCGAGCAGCGCAUCGCCAACCUCGAGAGGGAGAUGCACAUGUUGAGGACCGACCUCGUGCAGAAGGUGCGCGAUUCGGAGCACGCGGUCAAGUCCUUCGUCGUCGACAAGCACGAGAACAUGCAGGAGAGCAUCAAGGCGAGCGCCCCCGGUCACACGAAGCUUAUCCUAGUCAUGAUCGGCACCCAGAUGCUGCUAGUCGCGGCAUUCAUCCUCUACAAGAGACGGAAGGCGUCGCCAAAGAAGUAUUUGUAAGACGGAAGCGAGGGGGGAAACGAGGCUGCUACCUAUGCAAGGUCUAUGUUAUACAGAGAGAGGCGCGGGCGUUCUGAAUUAUGCAUUAUGUCUUGUUCUUUCUUUUUUGCUUCUCACUUCAGGCUAGCCGAAAUGAAGAUACGUGAUGACUUAGACCACGCCUGCUGGCCGAGGUUCAAUUGGUAUUUGGGCGUGAUAGCAUGCGUUUCCU